AUGCUUAGGUUGGAGCAAAAAUGGAGAAUUCAACUACCUACACAGAGUGACGGCUCAAAGAGAACCAAGGUUAGUGCAACUGGAGCAUACUCAUCCUCAUCAAACCCAGAAACACCAUUGGCUGACGAACCCGGUGUGGAUUCUCCCGUUUGCCCACAAGGAUCAAAUAAGAGCAAGCGAAAAGGGAAAAAAAGAGAAGAGGAGAGGGAACAUAGAGCAAAGAUUAUGGCAAUCAAAGAGAAGGAGUUACAAAUUCAAGCGGCAAUGAAAGAAAAAGAAUUACAAGCUCAAGCGGCAAUGAAAGAACAAGAAUUAAAAACUCAGAGGUAUAUUAAAGAAAUGGAGAUAAAUGCAAAAGAAAGGGAAAUGGAAAGGAUGGCCAAGGAAAGGGAAAGGGAAAUGGAUAUGCAAAUACUUAAUGCUGAUACGUCUACAAUGAGUGAAAAACUAUGA